GCUUAUGGUUAUGCACUUAUGCAAAAGAAAAGUCUGUGCUCGGGCCCAAAGCAUCCCACGAAAAUCGUCGACAUUGCCGCUCUCAGGCUUCUCUCUGUAAUAUUGUACAGUAUUAUUAUAUUGUGUAUAACAGUUCCUUACCAAAAAGUAAAGAAUAAUAGGAAUGAACAUUUGGUGUUAAGCGAGCGGACGGAAGUGACUAUAUAUAAGUGGACGGUCAAAAUGGACGCUCAAGAACGAAUUGCAGCAUGACAGAGAUACUGGAAGUACCCCAAAGACCUGGCAAUGCACCAUGAUCUUACAAUUAACACUUAUUAAUAAUAUUUUUUUGUCUAAUACUGGCUCUUCCUCUCACUUAUUUAGAAUUGGUGAUCGUGCGCAAAAUAAGUGCAGAUUGGAACAAGUAAGGCAACAAGUGGCUGUACACGGCCCUGAAAAACGUCAAAAAAGUGGACGAUCAAGAUGGCUGCGUAACAUACUACCGUUCUCGAUAAGUCUACUCCCAUUACCGAUAUGCUCAUUCCUGUUAUUUUCUACUCUUUGUUCCUUACGUUCCUAGUCAAAAGUCAGAAGUUGCUAUCCUAUAAUUCCUGCUCCUCCUGAAGUUUGUCAGUAACCUUUAGAAUCAACCUGUAUAUGCCAUGUUUUUAUAUUGCUAAUCCAGUGUUAGUACCAAACGAAGAAGUAAAUCCAGUUAUUCACACAUAUACUGUUCGACAUAGGCACUCACAAUUAAUAAUACACACAAGAAUAAUUCAGAAUUCAUCAAAAUAUUAUGGACGACGAGCUUGAAGAUCUAAUUCUAUAUCAGAUGCAUUCUAUAAAAGAAAAAGUGUGCCUCUUCGAUAUUAUAUUAUCUAUUUAAACCACUUAAAAAUCUAAAUUGUUUAUAAUUCACACAGACUUAUAUAUCACACAUGAAGCUUGUAUCGAAGUUUGCUGUGAGCAUUCCCUCUGGAUUAAAUACUGGGAUCAAGAGCCCAUUAAAUUAUCUCUAUAGAAUUAUGCGAAUCUAUGCUUUGAGACCAGAAGUGCUUAUAUGUGGUAUGAUUCUGGCAAUUAUUUUAUUUUAUAUACAAGCUGUGGAUAUUUGGACUAAAGCACUUCUAGGAAGAAUUCAAUACACUCUGGGACGUACCAAGGUGUCCAAACUGCAAUUCUUAGUUAAUGAUUCAGUGAAUAAUGCAGUAAAACUUAGUUGGGAAUUCAAACAAGGCCACAUUGCAGCAUAUGCUGUGCAGGGGCACAGGGCUCGGAUGGAAGAUCGCUUUGUGGUGAAUGAAGAUAUGAACAAUACUGGAGUUUCUUUAUUUGCAGUGUUUGAUGGCCAUGGUGGAGAGUUUGCAGCCAAUUAUGCUCGUGACAAGCUUAUCUCCAAUAUUAACAAAAAGGUUAUUGAAUUGAAGGAUAUAUUGGCUGGCAAAGUACUCAUUUCUCAGAAUCAGCUGACCAUAACUGAACCAGAAAAAAAGAAAGAAGACAAUAAAACAGAUGAGAAAUUGCCGGAAAAAAGAAAAUCUUUUCGUAAAGUUGCGAGUACUUCUUUAACGGAUGAUUGCAUGAAAAAAGCUAUUGAAGUAACUGACUCAGAAUUGCUGGAUAAAUUGGAGAGCAUAACACCGAUUACAAGAAAGGUCAGACCAUGUAAGCAAAAUGAGGAACUAGUGCCUAAAGUGGACAUGAUGAAAUAUCUUGAAGGAAACAAAAUUAAUUACGGCAGACUUCUAACAGAUGAAGUUCUAGCAGUCGAUCGAUUGUUGGUGGAAACUGCUAAGAAACAUAUGGAUGUUGCUGGUACAACUGCUUUGAUUGCUCUUUUGGAAGAUAAUAAGUUAACUAUAGCAAAUGUUGGAGAUUCUAGAGGAGUGAUGUGUGAUGGAAAAGGCAAUGCAAUUCCUUUGUCUUUCGACCACAAACCACAACAAGAAAGAGAAAGGAAAAGAAUAAAUAAAGCUGGUGGUUUGGUAACUUUUAAUGGUGUGUGGAGAGUUGCUGGCAUAUUAGCGACUUCUCGUGCUCUAGGAGAUUAUCCUUUAAAAGACAAAAAGCUCGUCAUUGCUGAUCCGGAUAUUUUAACGUUCGAUUUGAAUGAUCAUAAUCCAAUGUUUAUAGUACUGGCAUCCGAUGGCCUAUGGGAUACAUUCUCAAACGAAGAAGCUGUAGCUUUUAUUAAAGAGCGUAUCAAUGAGCCACAUUUUGGUGCGAAAAGUAUUACACUGCAGAGUUUUUACAGAGGAUCUGCGGAUAAUAUUACCGUCGUUGUGAUUAAUUUGAAGAAUCGCAAAUACAGCAUAUCGGAGGCUAAGAAGAACCAGUUAUGACUUUUACAACAAACCAUCUAUUUUUUCAUUGUGAAAUUACAAAGGUCUAGUCAUAAAAUUAAUCUAACCUGUUGCAUCUUAGUUAAUUUAUUACAACUGUGCUGAUGUAGAACGUAUUUCCUUGCACUUAUUUUUAUUUAACACUACAAGUGAUGUUAAAUUAAUUUCAAUAGAAUAUUAUUGAAUUUAAUUAUAAAAAUAUACAAUUUUUAUUUUUAAAGAAUUUUUUUUGCAACAUAUUUAUGUUAACCAUUUUUUUUCUUUUAACUAUUGAUAUUGAAUUUGUUAACAUAAAAUUGGAUAUAUUUAAAUCUAUAUAAUAAACUUAUAAAAUAGAUAUAAGAACUGUUUCGAAAUUAUAUGGAUUGGCAAUAUUGCUCAAUAAGUAUAAUGAACUGAAUUUUAUAUAUAUAUAUAUACAUCCUUAUAUACGUAUGUAUGGUGUAAAAGUGCCAAUUAUAAUCAGUUUUGUCUUUUAAGCGCAUACACAUGAAAAGCUUUGUACAAGUGUUGUUAAAAAUUUAGUCAAUAUUUAUAUACACAUAUAUACAAAUUUGUAAACGUUGUGAUAUGGGUUUCGGUAAGCGAUCGUUAUGCAGAAUGGCGCGUUAUUCUAGCGGGAGACGGCACGGUAUAUACAAGCGUGAGUGGAACAGUGUCGGAGACUCCUGACAGCCGAGAAACGCCUCAACUUGGACAGGUAACAGGAAUGUCGGAGAUUCCCGACAAACCCGAGAAACGCUUUAGCCCGGACAGGUAACAGGAACAUCGGAGACUCUCGACAGAACCGAGAAACGCCUCAGCCCAGACAGGUAACAGGAAUGUCGAAGAUUCCCGACAGAGCUGAGAAACGCCUCAGCCCGAACAGGUAACAGGAAUGUCGGAGAUUCCCGACAAACCCGAGAAACGCCUUAGCCCGGACAGGUAACAGGAACAUCGGAGACUCUCGACAGAGCUGAGAAACGCCUCAGCCCGAACAGGUAACAGGAAUGUCGGAGAUUCCCAACAAAGCCGAAAAACGCCUCAACUCGGAUAGAUAACAGGAAUGUCGGAGACUCCCGACAGAGCUGAGAAACGCCUCAGCCCGGACAGGUAACAGGAAUGUCGGAGAUUCCCAACAAAGCCGAAAAACGCCUCAACUCGGAUAGAUAACAGGAAUGUCGGAGACUCCCGACAGAGCUGAGAAACGCCUCAGCCCGGACAGGUAAUAGGAAGGUCGAAGGCUCAGAUCGGAUGGAUAGGAAGACUGGAUCGAACCUGGUGGUGUGUCAACCGAGUGGCCUUAUAUACCCGGCUGGGGCCCACCGUGCUAUGCCGGCGGUAGGAACCGAGCCCACGGAGGGAAUCGCGUGCGUGAAAAAAAUAGCUUUAUCCUACGUUGUGCCAUGCGUGAAAUAAAGAGAGUCAGAGAUAGCGAGAACUGGAAUGUAUUAUAUGAUAUGUGAUACAAGAUUAUGAUGCAGAGGUCGGAGGGGUGAAUCCGUAGUGGCGAUGCUUGUUGCAUCGUUACAAAUUAUAAGAAUUUAUUUUAUUAAUAUAAUAAUAAAUAUGUACAAAGUACAUAAAUAAAAUAAAAAAAUAUAAAUAAAAAGAUAAAAGGUAUAAGUAAUCUUCAAAAGUAAUUAAACAACUAACAGUAACAGUAAGUUCUGUAAUAAAAAUUGUUGAAGUUGUGUUCACAUGUUCAUCAUUUGGAGAUAUUCAAUCAAAAAA